AUGAGGAUGAGGGAGGAGCAGGAGGCGAGCAGCGCGCACAGGGGGAGGACUGGCGUGACCGCGCCCCCUCCCGCCCCGCCCGUGACCGCGCCCCCUCCCCCGGCCGUGAGCGCGCGUCCCGCGCCUGCCGCCAGACGCGCGGGACCAUGGCGGGCUUCGGGCGCUGCAGCCACGCUGUGGUGCGCGGGAUCCCCGACUCGCUGGCGGGCGGCGCGCUGCGGCGGAGCGGGACGGAGGGGGUGGACACGGCGCGGGCCCGGCGGGAGCACGAACACUACGUGCGCACCCUGGGCGCCGGGCUCGGCCUGGAGGUGCUGGAGCUGCCGGCCGACGAGGGGCUGCCCGACUGCGUGUUCGUGGAGGACACGGCCGUGGUGUGCGGGGACACGGCGCUGCUGAGCCGGCCCGGGGCGCUCAGCCGGCGGGGAGAGGUGGACGCUACGAAGAAAGUUCUGACUCAACUUGGUCUUAAUAUCGUGGAAGUGAUCGAUGAGACAGCAACUCUCGAUGGCGGUGACAUUCUGUUCACAGGUAAAGAAUUCUUCGUGGGUCUUUCGGAUAGAACCAAUCAGCGAGGUGCAGAGAUUCUGGCCGAUGUCUUUAAGGAUUAUGCUGUUUCCAAAGUCUCUGUCACAGGGGCUCUGCACCUGAAGAGUUUCUGCACUAUGGCCGGCCCAGGACUGAUUGCUAUUGGCUCCAGUGAUCACGCACAGAAAGUGCUCACGAACAUGCAGGAGAUGAGUGAACAUCGUUAUGACAAGCUGACCCUGCCAGAUGAUGAGGCUGCAAACUGUGUUUAUCUGAACACGCCGGAGAAGGGACACGUCCUUCUGCACCGCACUGCCGAGGAAUUCCCCGAGAGCGCAAAGGUGUUUGGAAAACUGAGGGACUAUCUGCUGAUUCCGGUCGCCAACACUGAACUGGCCAAAGUUGACGGAGGGCUGACUUGCUGCUCCAUUCUCCUCAAUAAGGGGGCCUGAAAGCAUAAGGAAUCUGGCUUUAUAAAAAAAAGGAGCUGUUACUUUUGUUUGGCGAUAAUGUGAUUAUUACAGAUUACGCAGCUGUGUGGUUCUAUUGAUUGCUGCUUCCUCCUUUGUCCUGUUCUAUCUCCCAGUUUAUAUUGAGAGCGGGUGGUCCUUUACUGCCAUCUUGUGAUUAAAACCACUUAUAACCUUUCCGUGAAUGAACUGCUGUAAAAUGAUGAGUAGGACAUGAUACAAUAUAUACAGAUACUAAAAGGGUGAAUUAAGUUAUAUUCAAAAUAAUUAAUACAGAUUUAGUUUAAAUACUGCUGUUGAUUACUUUGUAUGGGUUUUGAUGUUAUUUACUGUAAAUUCUGUGGACAACUUCCUUGACUUUGUACCAGUUCCAAGUUAAUGAGGCACAUGGAUACCCAGAUGCCAAAAUGACUCCAUGCUUAACGUCAUUCCAUUAGAGGCAUACACUGUGAAAUUAUGGAGCUAAAUUGCUAAAUAUUUCUAGAUAGUCCAGUUCCUUCUGUUAUCAAGCUUUCCUGGACUCCAAUGUACUUUUUUAUUACGUUAGUCUCAUCUUCUGCGCAGCGUGUGUGCCAAAGAUGUCAUUGCAUUGAGCCUGGUCACAGAAGCACAACAGGAAGCAUCAUCAUUCUUCCUUGCCAAAUGAUUCCUUGAUGUAGUUUUCACUGAUCACAUCCGCUUCAUGCUGAAUAAAUAAAAAUCAUUAUCAAUGCUG